AUGAAGUCCGCCAUCAUUGUCUCUGUCCUGGCCGCCGCCAUUGCCAACGCCAACCCCGUCCUCGCUCGAGGUCAGAUGUGCGAUGUGGCUCCCACUGCCAGUGCAGCCAACCCACCGGCACCCAUCUCCUCUCCAGGAGCUACGACUGCCAGUGAAUGCCGUCAGCAAUGCGAGGCCGACAAGUCCUGCCAAUGCUUUGCCUUUGGCCUGCCUCCUAGUGCCACCGCGCCAAAGUGCAUUCUCUUCGCUGUGCCUGCCAGUCAGGUUCCUCCUCAGGGCACAAACCUGAACGUUUUCGAUAAAGAUUGCGCCGCCAACACCGUUCCCACGCAACCUCCAACGGCUGCCCAUCCCCAGGGCCCGGCAAAUGGAGACAGAGCUGAAAGUGGUGCUAAUGACGGAAGCGGCUCUGCCAAAGGAAAUGGUGCCACUUCGAGCAACAACGGUGCUGGAGCCGCGUCAUCAACCCAGAACACCCCGGGAAAACGAGCCAAUCUCUGCGGUGCUGCUCCAUCUGGCCCGUCUAAGAACCCCCCUUCUCCUUUCCGGAUUGAGGUCACCGUGCCUUCCCAGCAGGCCUGCUUAGACCUUUGCCAGCAGACCAACGAAUGCAAGUCGUGCGAAUUCGGCAAACAGACCGCCAAUGGUCCUAGGGAGUGCCUGCUGUUCAGCGUUCCCGCUGCCCAGCUCCCUCCCCUCUCCAAUGGACAGACGUUCAUGGCCUUCGAUGCCGGUUGCUAA